AUGAAUCAAUACGGCUUUCUAGCUGUACCGUUAAAAUCCACUAGUGAUGUGGAUUUAGUGAAACCGUUGACAUUAUACAUUGAUACAAUUUAUAAAACAUCAGAGGAUAACAAGGCGGAAGUUGCUGAAGCUGUACAAGAACUGAACAAGCUACGGUCGAAGGCAUGUUGUCAACCAUUGGAUAAACAUCAGUCAGCGUUGGAUAUUGUCACACGGUAUUAUGAUCAACUCGUUGCUAUUGAGAACAAGAUUGUCAUCUCAGCCACACAAAAUCCCGUAGUCUUCAAAUGGAAGGACGCAUUUGACAAGGGUAGCUUGUUCUUCAGCAAGGCUUCCCUUUCAAUAUCAGAUGGUGCAUUCGAGCGUGCAGCCGUUCUAUUCAACUGUGGUGCCUUGAUGUCACACAUAGCGGCUUCUCAGCCCCUUCUGACCGAUGAAGAAAUGAAAACAGCUGCGAAGCUUUUCCAACAGAGUGCUGGCGUUUUCGCUCGUUUGCGAGAUACAGUACUAGGAAUGGUCCAGCAGGAUCCUACUCCUGAUCUCAUGCCAGAUACGCUGGCUGCUCUCAGUGCUAUAAUGCUUGGUCAAGCACAGGAAUCCAUCUACAUUAAGGCUUACAAAGACAAAAUGAAACCAUCUGCUCUUGUCAAAAUCGCAGCGCAAGUGGGAGAUUUCUAUCAAGACGCCCUCAAGGCCAUGAACCGCGACGCCGUCAAAGGAUUGUGGGAAAAGGAAUGGCUCCAUAUUGUUACUGGAAAGAUGUUUGGUUUCCAAGCGAUUUCUCAGUUACAUCAAGCUAGCAUUAAUGCUGAACAACAAGAAAUGAGUGAGCAACUGAGCCGACUGGGCGAGGCCUUGAAAUUGUCAGAGAUGGCAGCCAAGUAUCUGCCUUCUGGUUGCUUAUCUGAGCAGCUCAAUCAAAUCCAAAAGAUGUACACCGCAGCUAAGAAGGAUAAUGAUUUUAUUUACCAUGAACGCAUAGCUGAUUUCCGUUCUCUUCCUGCUUUACCGCGAGCUGCUUUGGCGAAGGCUCUUCCGGUCACUCAUCCGAUCUCUCCACGGUUCAAAGACAUGUUUGCAAGCGUCGUACCAGUACAGGUUCACAAUGCAAUGCAGUGUUAUGAGGGCCGCAAAGCGGAACUGAUAAAUAUUGAAACUGGACGCCUACGAGAACACACUCAGCUGAUGAAUGGUAUUCUGGCUUCAUUGAACUUGCCUGCUGCUCUGGACGAUGUUACAUCGAUGGAUACAUUGCCAGAAUCUAUAAAACAAAAAUCUGCCAAGGUGAAGCAAGCAGGCGGUAUCAGCGAACUGCAGCGAUUAUUCAAUGAACUGCCGGGACUUUACAAGAGAAAUGAAGAAAUUCUGGAUGAAACCAAUCGUAUGCUGACGGAAGAAAAAGACAGUGAUGAUAACCUUCGUCGUCAGUUCGGGACAAAGUGGUCUCGAAUGAGCAGUGAGCAGUUGACGGGGCCACUCCUACAGGAAAUCGGGAAGUACCGAGGAAUACUGCACACUGCAUCGAAUGCGGAUAAAAUGGUCAAGGAAAAGUUCGAGGCGAAUAAAGCUGGUAUUGAAAUGCUGAGCAAAAAUGAGGUGGAGCUUCGCUCAUCCAUCCCCAGUCAAACACAGCACUCAGUUGCGGGUGCAUCUGAGGCGGUGACAAAGUUGCGUGCAUUGAUGAACCAAGUGCAGGAAAUCAAAGUACAACGAGAGAAGUUGGAGAAGGAUUUCAAAUCUGUUCAUUGCGACAUUGCUGAUGAUCUUUUGCGUGCAUUGGCUGAGAGUCAGAUUUUGAACGAGGAGCAGAUAUCGAAAGAGAAAAUCCAAGAGAUCUAUGGCCCUCUUAAAGAACAAGUCGAACAGAGUAUAAAGCAACAGGAUCACAUUAUGGCUGAAGUUCAGACGUGGAAUACUCGCUUCACUAGUGAAAAAUCCGGGUCAGGUACGGGUGCAGAAAGAGAGCGUGUGCUGAAAACGUUGGCCACUGCUGCUGACUCUUUCCAUGAGCUGAAAGGAAAUCUGGAGGAGGGAACAAAGGUUAGUUUAAUUGUUCGAUUGUCUUUGCUCGCUCUGUUUUUACUUAUCGCGUUCUAUAACGAUCUCACGCCAAUAUUGGUGCGACUCCAACA